GGAGGAGGGAGGGAGACCGGUGCCUGAAGUGCAGAGUAAACCUGAGCUCUGUGGCAUUUCUCUCCAACACCGCUGGAUGUAAAAACUUUAUCUUCCCUCCGUGAAAACAUUGCAAGGUGUCGAACCGUUUCCAGGUGCAGCGAUGGAGUGCCUCAAAAACUGCUGCAGGAACUUCAUGAAGAGGAAGGCGAGGGAGCACGAGAGCCAAGUGAUCAAAAUGAAGAUGCCUCCUACCAAGGCACUGACCUCCGGACGGGAGCUGGAUGAAGGGAGGAGGGGGCUCGCGGAAGAUUACCUCCUGUCCAGGCUGCCCCCGGGCGGCAGGGAGGUGCCGUUUGUCCUGCCCACCUUCAAGGCCUCCUACGUCCAGCCCAGAGGCGCCCGCUUCCCCAAUUUACAGGCCGGGCCGCAGAGCUCCGCCCGGUGCACGUACGCCGAGAGGAAGGCCGAGCUGUUGGGCACCCGUCACCCCAACUACAGCCCGGAGGCCAGCUUCCAUCAGGGCCAGAUGGCCGAGUACCUCUCCCCCGGCUCGGCCCGCCGCGACACCCUGAGGGACAGGGACUCCACGGAAGGUCCACAGAGCCCAGGUUGGACUCUGAAGCCGGGCGGCCCGCAGCGCCUGAGCAGCUCCAUGUUUGAUCUGUCCAGCCCUCAGAGUCGCAUGCAGCGCUUCGACUCCGUCUCCAGUGUCCUCAGCAGCACGUCUUCAGCGGUGGGCUCCGUCGAAAGCAGCCUGGACUCCAUCACCCUGUCCGGGGAUGAGCGCGACUUGGGGAAGGUAUGCGUCCGGCUGAACUACCAGGAGGCUCUGGAGCAGGUGUGGAUCACCCUGGUGCAGUGUUCGGACCUCAACCUUCCUCCCGACGGGGCGGAACAACCGAGGAUUGGAUUCAAGGGGAUCAUCACCAUCCCCAAGCCCGUCCAGUUCAAGAGCUCGGUGAAGGACCACUGUCAGGACGCCUCCUUCAUGGAGACCUUUGUGUUUGCGCUGCGCCUCCAGCAGUUGCGCUGCAGCGCUCUGGUGCUGCGGCUGCAGACGCACAACCCCAAGAAACGCACCGUGGCCGAGUGCGUCCUCUCCUUGCGACAGCUCGGCCCCGAGGAGACGGACCACUGGCUCGACCUCAACUCGCCGUCCAAAUCCUCUGUGUGCCACUCUGAGCUGCAUCUCACCACCUGCUUUCAGCCGGUCAACGGACGCCUCCAGCUUCAGAUCCUUGCUGCGCAGAACCUCCCAGCGUCCUCCUCCCCUCUCACCCAAGCGUUCUUCGUCAAGGCCGAGAUGCACCAGUCGGGGCAGGUGCUGAUGAAGAAGAAGACGCGGGUGACCAAGGCCCCGGGGGGCCAGUGUCACUGGGCGGAGACCUUUCACUUCCGGCUGGCCGCCUUGGGCGACGCCUGCUCGCUGUCGGUCAAACUCUACAGCCGCAGCUCGGUCAGGAGGAAACAGUGUCUCGGACAGGUUCACCUGGGAUCGGACAGCCCCGUGCCCGAGGCCGUGGAGCAGUGGAAGGACAUGAUGGCCAACCCAGAGAAAGUGGUGACGGCGUGGCACCGGCUGAGCGCCUCCUGAUCCCGCUCUCCGCGACUUCCCCUCUACGCACGAGGGAAGUGGCCCCGUCCCGCAGGCCUGUGCACCGACGCUCAGACUGCAAAGUGCUCGGCGAGCCCUGAGCGCCCUGGGACAGAGCGGGUGAACCCGUGGCUCAGUGGGCGCGCGUGGCGACUGAGGGGUUUCUGAACAGAGUGUAUAGAUGCUGGAGAGGUUUUCUUUUUCCGUGAGGUUUUUUCUUUUGGGGGGGGGGGGCAGAAAUUGAGAAAUAUUUCUGAAAACGACAAUGGAGCCUUUGCUUACAUGACAUUCAUUUUGAGCUGUAUGUACAGUGAUGCUGUAGGCCUCGCGUGUAGAACCGCUUUCGGUGUCAGUGAAAGCCUUGUCACUUCUGCUCGAUAGAGAGUUUACAAGCAGAGGAAGUGAGACGUACUUUAUUUAGAAAAUUCACCUUAUCAGUCUGUAAAUAUAACCCAGUUUCAAGGAUAUUUCUGCCAAUUCUAUGUUGGUUUUUUUAUCGCCAACACACUCUUGAAAAGACCAAAACCAACACUACGCUCGUCUGUUUCCUCAUCGACUGUCCCGUCCUGGGUCAUGAAUAUAUAUAUAUAUAUUUAAUAGUUGGGGAUCGUAGUCAAAAACAAAAUAUUACUUUGUUAAAUAUGACUUAAACAUGAGUAAAUGGUGCUGUGGAGAUUUCACAGGUGGAUUAAUGCACAUUUGGUCUGUUGGUGAGCAUUUCUGGCAACAGGAAGGAAAAAAACAAUUCACUGUUGGUUUUGGUCUUUUCGUGGGAUUUGCCGACAAUAAGGAAAAUACAGGAAAAUUCACCAGACUUAUCGUGUCUUUCCCUGACAAGGUGAGCUGGGACGUCACCUUGUAGGAUGUCCUGUUGCUGUCCACUACUGUAGCAGCUGUACCAAACCUUAAGCCGUACGCUUUUGAUAAGAAGCACUUUAGGGUUUUUUUCUUCAUGUUUUCAAUGUUUGACGUUGAAAGUUAUAGUGAAUAAAAGUAGGUGUUGUUUGGAAAUAUCAA